AUGGUGAUGCUCAGCUGGAACGUUCAGGGGAUAGGGCGACCCCUAACGUUCCAAAUCUUACAAGGACUGUGUAUAGUCCAUCGCCCUCUAGUGGUAUUCCUCAUGGAGACAAAGAAUAAGAGGGAUACCCUAGAACUAAUAAGGAGUCUCCAUUUUCAGAAUAGUAGUUAUGUAGAUCCUAAAGGAAUAGCAGGUGGCUUAGCGCUCUGGUGGACAGACGAGGUAAUUUUAGAUGUUCGCUAUAAAACAAAAAAUUUAAUGAAGUGUGUUGUUAGCUGGCCUAGAAUGAAGAACCCGUGGUUGGUUACUUUUGUGUACGCUCCUCCCGUUUGGAACCAGAGAGUGGCGUUUUGGAAUGUGUUGAAGGGUAUAGCUAAGGAAAAUGGUUACCCCUGGCUCUGCGUGGGUGAUCUUAAUGAGAUUGGGUCCAGUGCAGAGAAACAAGGGGGUAAUCGGUGCAGUCAAGGGAGGGGGGAGGAUAAUAUCAUAAUUCGCUUGGAUAGGGCCUUAGCUGAUGUGGAAUGGAGUAAUCUGUUCCCUCUUGCUCAAGUUCUGCAUGAGGUGGUGGCAAAAGAAUGGGAACAUCAACAUAGGGGAUCAGAUAUGUAUGGUUUGGUGCAGAGAUUAAAGUGCUGUAAGAAUGCCUUAUUAGGAUGGAGUAAGAGGACUUUUGGUAAGGAUAAGCUGAGAUUGAAGGUUUUGCAGGAGAAACUCAAGGGUAUUCAAACUGAACCGUACUCACAGGCUCGUUUUGAGCAGGAAAAGGAAUAUGUGAAAGAGGUUGAAAUUCUGCUUCUCAGAGAGGAAAUGAUGCUGCAUCAGAGGUCGAGAAUAAAUUGGCUCUCUUAUGGGGAUCGAAACUCUGCUUUUUUUCAUGCGAGUAUUAAUCAAAGGAGGCAAAGAAACCAAAUGGUUAAACUACGGACAAGCAGGGGGGAGUGGAUAGAAAGUGAGGAAGGGAUUAAUGGUAUUAUUAAGGACUUCUUUUCGGGGCUAUUUUCGCAUUCGGGACAGAGGGAUUUUUCUGAAGCUUUAUCUGUUGUGAAUAGCUGCAUCACGGAGGACAUGAAUGCUAGGCUGAUUAAAGAGGUGACUGAGGAAGAGAUUAAGUUGGCCGCCUUUCAAUUGGGAUCCUUAAAAGCUCCUGGGCCGGAUGGUUAUCUGGGCUUUUUCUUCCAAUAUUACUGGAGUACAGUGGGGGAGGGGCUCUGCAAGGCUGUGCAGAGAUUUUUUACCUCAGGAUAUAUUCUCAAAGAGCUGAACCAAACCAAUAUUGUGCUCAUUCCUAAGAAAAUCAUUUCUCCUAAUCAAUCGGCCUUUGUCCCAGGAAGAUUGAUCCAGGAUAAUGUUCUUGUAGCCCAUGAAGCUUUUCACUUUUUGAAAUUAAAAAAGAAAGGAGGAGAUGGUUAUAUGGGUUUAAAGUUGGAUUUUAAUAAAGCCUAUGAUAGAGUGGAAUGGGAUUUUAUUGAAGAUCUUCUUAAGAAAAUGGGAUUUCAUGUGAAAUGGGUGAUGUGGAUUAUGCAAUCAUUGCCCUCCUCUUUCGCAUAUUUUUUCGCGGAUGAUGCUCUUUUGUUUCUCAAAGCUGACUUGCAGAACUGUAGCAGAAUCAAGUCUAUUCUCAAUGUUUAUGGGGAGGCGUCAGGGCAAUGUAUUAAUUUUGAUAAGUCUGGAAUUUUCUUUUCCUCAAAUCUUAGUGAUGUUGACAAGCAAUUGUGCUGUGAUUUUAUGGAGGUGCCUCUGAUGAAGCUUGAUUCCAAGUAUUUGGGUCUCCCCUCUUUUUGGGGAAAAUCCAAAGCGGAAGCUUACUCGUUUAUUAUUGAGAAAGUUUUGAACAAAAUGCAAGGAUGGAAAGUGAAGAAAAUGUCUCUAGGAGGAAAGGAAAUUAUGCUGAAGUCGGUUGUUCAGGCUAUUCCCAGCUACGCCAUGUCAUGUUUUCUUUUGCCAAAAAAAACUGUGUGA